AUGAUCCACGGCUCCUGCGCCGGCAUCCUCCUCUUCUCCUUCGGCAGCAGGCUCUACGCCUGCAACCCUUGCACGCGCCGCUGGGCACGCCUCCCGCCGCUCCACGUCAACCACCGCAUCAUCGGCUUCUACGCGACUGGCGUCUACGACGACGAGGCAGGUACUGAGUGCUACGUGCUGUACGACGACGGCCCGGAGAACGAUUGCGUCUACUGGAUCUUCAGAGUGGACGCAUACGCGGAGACGAGGUACAUCGGCCGUCCGGUCGCAGGCGAGGGGGUCGUCCUUGAUCUUGUGCUGGCCAACGGGAUUGCUCCUUCUUACCUGAUCCCGCCCGUCCACUUCCGCGAUUACCUGUGCUGGCUGCCGCGGUCCACCCAGGGCACCAGCGGCAUACUCAUCUUCAACACGGCCGCCGAGUCCUCACUACACCAGGCAUUUUUAAGGUUGCUAUACUGCCUGCAAACAUUCAAGUAA